AUGUCACUUGUCUGCGUUGCUCUCGGUGCGGCUUCCAGUUGGACGAAUCUUACGGAAGAUGUUGGGCUAACCGUCACUUCGGAGAUGACGCACUGCGCCAAGUGCAAGGUUCGAAUGCCACAGGGUUCGUUGGUACAACGCAUAUUCGACUGCGUCUUCCACCUGGACUGCUUCACCUGCGCACGCUGCAACUGGAGACUGCAAUUUGGUGAAUAUGUCGCCUUUGCUAAAGGUGAGGUAUUUUGCGCCUGGCACCUCCGUCCGCUUCCACCACCUGCAUCUGUGCAGCCGCAGUCGGAGCUUCCAGAGACAUCGUGGAGUGAUCCAGGGCGAACAAAUGUUGACUCUAUUGAAAACCCUUUGAUUGAAGAAUUCUUCGACGGAGAUGACAAAUCCUCUCAAUCCAAACCGAAUUCCAUGGGCCGAACUUCAAGUGGAUCAGAGCUCGCAUUUGAGGAAGUCACUGUUUUUGAUGAAAAUGGGAAGAUCCCAGCUACUACACUCCGCUCAUUCACUCACCAAAGUCAUGGACAUCAAGGUCAUGCCCUUCAGCAACAACAGCGACCCUCCUCGCGAUCCACCUCCGCUAGCAGCGGUCCCCAACAGCGAUCUAAGCGAGUUCGUACCAGCUUCACUCCACAACAGAUUGCAGUGUUGCAGGCCAGCUUCAAAACGGUGUCGAAUCCUGACGGACAGGAAUUGGAACGUAUUGCUCAAGCCACCUCUCUAACCAAACGCGUCACGCAGGUUUGGUUCCAAAAUGCCAGAGCUCGAAAGAAGAAGAAUGUACAAAACUCCAUGCAACAUCAACAGCCAAGUCCACGAGCUCAAUCUGUUGGUGUUCAGGGAGAGGUGACGGAAGCAUUCAUUCCCAACCCACCACUAACUGGCACAGGUGAUCAAAUGGCAGGUAACGAUUCUGAAGUUUUGGUAUCAUCGCCUCCGUCUCCUCAGCUUACCUCUACGCUGGAAGAGGCUACGUUAGGACCGUAUUUUAGCAAAGGUCCUUGCUUAUAA